GCCAUGGAGCAGGGCUUUGGGGCAUCCAUGGAUAAGGCACUUGUCUUUACUGUGUGCUGAGCCCUGAGGUAAGUGUUGGGAUGCAGGGACAAGAAGGAGCUCACCUUUGGGCGCCUGAUAGAGUCAACAUUGUGUGUGAUUCCGAGGCAUGAGAGCAGUUAAGAGGCUAAAUUUGAACCCAGGACCUCUUGGACUCCAGGCCUGGUUAUUAAACCACCCUGCCACCUAUCUGCCUUGCAUUACUCUUUCAAAAAAUAAAGUAAAUUAAGCCUUCCCUUCCCUCUUAGAAUCAAUACCAAGUAUUGGUUUCUAGGCAGAAGGGCCCUAAUGGCCAGUCAAUGGGGGUUAAGUGACUUGCCCAGGGUCACCCAGCUAGACAGUGUCUGAGGCCAGAUUUGAAUCCAGGAUCUCCCAUCUCAGACCUGGCUCUCCAUCUCUGCUAUUUAUAUCAGCUAUGCCAAGGUAGCAAGUCUUUAUAUAGAGAGAGGCACAUGCUAUAUAACCUUGUUUAUAAGAAGAAAAAAUAACUGCUCAAGGAGCUGUCAGUCCAGGGGUCAGACAGAGGAGAAAAUGUUAUGUGAAUAAAUCAGUGCUUCAGGAAGCAAGGUAAAAUAGGGAAGAUUUGAAUCAUAGGAUCUCAGAUUUGGUGCUGGAAGGAACCUCUAUGGCUCUUUAGUACAAUCUUCCCAUUUUACAUAUGAAGAAACUGAUGAGACUAAGGAAGGUUGUGACUUGUCCAAAACAACAUGCAUUUAAGUGCUUACUAUGAUCAGGACUGGCUAUAUGUAAUGUGUUUCUUGAACUAAGUCUAGGAAAGCCGGAUUCCAAAAGGUGAAGGUCACCCAGGUGUGCAGAGUAUUCGAGUCAGUGGUCUUGUCAUAGAUCAUGUGAUCUCAUCUCAUAGGAGUCAGCUGGGGGGAAAUUUAGUUGGUGAGGGGGUGGAAGUAUCUAGUGUGGGACAGAAGAGGUGAGGGAAGGGUACUAGAUAGCUCAGUGGAAUGAGAACAAGACCUUGAGAGAGGAGGUCCUGAGUUCAAAUGUGGACUCAGAUACUUCCUGGCUGUGCGAUCCUGGACAAGUCACUUGACCCCCAUUGCCUAAUCCUUACCUGCUCUUCUACUGUGGAACCAAUAUACAAUAUACAGUAUUGAUUCUAAGACAGAAGAUAAAUAUUUAAACAAACAAAGAGGUAGAAGUAUCUGGUGGAGGAAUAGAAAGCUGAGAACAGGAUGGUAUCUUGGAAUGGAGCUAGGUAUUGUGAAUCUUUAAAAUUCUCAGACUCUACCUUAGAACAUUUGGUUAAGGCUCUUCCCCAUUUUAAACAAUGAAGGUACUUGAUCAGGAAUGUGAGAACUCUAACAUUACUCCACCCAUACUUACACAUACUUUAGGGGAAGAUAAAGUUGUAAACUCCUUACUGAACAAUGAAAAGUACUUAACCCAUACUUAAAGUGAAGCAAAAACCCUUAAGCUAAGUCUAUUUUUAGAUCUAAUACAAAAGGGGUGCUAAGUACCUAUGAAGGUCAAAUUAAUCACUAAAAGGUCAGGCAACUUGCAAACUUGCAAGGGAUAAGCUUAACAAAAGAGGUGUGAAGUUUCAGUAUACUCAGGUGUGAAUUACUCAGAAGUUUAGUCUACUCAGGUGUGAAUUAAGAAUGGUCAGUCCUGUGAAAACUUAGGGGAGGUGACAUAGGAGAAAAUUCUCUUUAAAAGGAGGUCAGAAAGGCCUCUGAAGUAAUUCAGCUAUGGAGCUGAAUUGGAGGCUGGUCUCUCUCGGUGGCUGAAAUUAAUUCAGCCUUGGAAGCUGAAGUGGAGCUUCCUGAGCUAAACUGGAGGGUCUCUCUUUACACUAGAGUCUUGCUUGGAAGAAUCUUAUGGUGAGUGAUUAAAGACUGACUUAGUUUUCUCUCUUAAGGAGAAAGGCCUAGGCCCUAUUUUCCCUUUCCCUCUCUCUCUCUCCCUCCCUCUUUCCUUAAUUUGUAUUAAUUAAAAUCUCCAUAAAACCCAGCUGACUUGGGUAUUUCAUAUUUGGGAAUUUUUCCCAUGGCGACCACUUUAUUUUUAAUAUAAAAUCAAGACACAAAAAAUUAUCUUUACCAGUGUGGCCAAAAUCUUACAGUUUGGCUAUUUACACAUAUUCGUGGUCACAGUUUAAGGCAACCACUCUUUUAUCUGUAGCAGUUUAGGGUACUAUGUUUCCUUCAUUCUCCUUCUGGGAUAAAAGGAUAUUCUUUUUAUUAUCUUUCAGGUCCUCUAGGAUAGCAGGAACUCCUCAGGGAUUGUGGUAAAAAGGAAAAGGAGCCUAAUUUGAGGUACCAGAGAGCCAGCUCUUCAGAGAGGUGAAGGUGUUAGAAGACGAGGAGAGCAAGAAACCGUCCUAGGAGGAAACUUAUUUGGCCUGUGACUUUUCACCUUCGCUUCAUUGCAGAGUCUAAUGAAAAGCUGCUGCUGUUGGAGCUAGACUCAUUCUUCCAUAGUGCCUGGGGAGCCAAGACGUGGGAAAAAAUCAGAAAAACCAUACAGGAAGGCAGCAAGGAAGAGAGGGUAACUAGAGGACUUGGACCUCAUGCUUGAAGAAAGAGUUCUGGCAUCUCAAGACUCUGCCCUUCCCCGAGAAAGGAAAACGGAGGAGGAGGAGGAAGAGGAGAAGGAAGAGGAGAAUGAGGAGGGAAUGGCUUCUGGGUUCCUGACAGCCAGGUCUGAGAAAUCCUUGACAUUCCAAGAUGUGGCUGUGGACUUUACUCGAGAGGAAUGGGGCCAGUUGGAUCCUGCUCAGAAGAACAUGUACAGAGACGUGAUGCUAGAGAAUUAUGAGAACUUCAUCUCCCUUGGUCUUCCAGUUCCCAAAGCAGAUGUCAUUUCUCAUUUGGAAAAGAGAGAAGCUUCAUGGACACUAAGGGGAAAAUUCCUAAAAAACCCUUCCUUAGAUUCCCUUGUACUGCAGACAAGGUAUGACACCAAGGAUCCAAUUCCAGAGUUUAUUUCUACAGAAAAGUCAUCUAAGGAGCAACUCACCAAGAAUGGUUCAUGGAAUUCUAAGUUGGGAGAGCCUUGGGAUUGUGAGGGCAGGUUAGAGAGAGAAAAAAGUGAUCACGAGAAAGAGUCCAGGCAAGUGACAAUACCAAACAGAAAAUCUUUUAUUGAGCUGAAUGCUCAAGAUUAUAAUACAUUUGGGGCAAUCCUCACACUUCCAGAGAGAGUUCCUUUAAAAAAAUGUCUUCACAAAAAUGACACACUUGGAAAGAGCUUCAAACCAUUUUCAGACCCAAUUAAACACAACAUAAUCUUAGGGAAGAAACUUUGUAAGUAUAAUAAAUGCAGAAAGUCAUUUAGUUACCAUUCAAAUCUUAUUCAUUACUAUAGAAUACAUACUCGAGGGAAACCACAUAAAUGCAAUGAAUGUGGCAAAGUCUUCAGCAUUAACUCAUGCCUUACUGUACAUAAAAGAAUUCAUACUGGAGAGAGACCUUAUACAUGCAAUGAGUGUGGGAAAGCUUUCAGCCAGAAGGGAAACCUUAAAAGACACAAGCUAAUUCAUGCUGGAAAGAAACCAUUUGAAUGUAAUGAAUGUGGGAAGGCUUUUAGCAGCAAUGAAUACCUAACUCAACAUCAAAGAAUUCAUACUGGAGAGAAGCCCUAUAAAUGUAAUGAAUGUGGGAAAACCUUUAGCCAGAAAGGAAGCCUUAAUGUGCACAAGAGGAUUCAUACUGGAGAGAAACCAUAUAAAUGUAAUGACUGUGGGAAAGCUUUUAGCCAGAAGAGAAGUCUUGAUGCACAUAAGAUAAUUCAUAGUGGAGAGACCCUCUGCUCAUGUAAUGAAUGUGGAAAAACCUUCAGCAACAAUUUUCACCUUAAUAUACACAAGAUAAUUCAUACUGGAGAGAAACCAUUUGAGUGUAAUGUAUGUGGGAAAUCCUUCAGCAGUAAUCAUUAUCUAAGCCAACAUCAAAGAGUUCAUACAAAAGAGAAACCCUAUAAAUGUAGUGACUGUGGGAAAGCCUUCAGCCAGAAAGGAAGUUUUAAUGUACAUAAGAGAAUUCAUACUGGAGAGAAGCCCUAUAAAUGUAAUGAAUGUGGAAAAGCCUUUAGCCAGAAUAGGAGUCUUAAGGUACAUAUGAUAGUUCAUACUGGAGAAAAACCUUGGUCAUGCAAUGAAUGUGAGAAAACCUUUAUGAAUAGUGCUUAUCUUAAUAUACAUAAGAAAAUUCAUACUAGAGAGAAGCACUUUGAAUGUAAUGAAUGUGGGAAAAACUUCAGGCAUAGUUCAUACCUCUUACAACAUCAGAGAAUGCAUACAGGAGAGAAACCCUAUAAAUGUAAUCAAUGUGGGAAAGCCUUCAGCCGAAAGGGAAGCCUUAAUGCACAUAAGAGAAUUCAUACUGGAGAGAAGCCUUUUGAAUGUAAUGAAUGUGGGAAAGCAUUUAGCCAAAAGGGAAACCUUAAUACACAUAAGAAAACUCAUACUGGAGAGAAACCCUUUGAAUGUAAUCAAUGUGGGAAAUCUUUCAGAUUGAGACAAGCUUUUGCUGCCCAUAGGAAAAUUCAUACCAUUGAGAAACCCUUUGAAUAGAAUGUUUGAGAAAGUAUUCAGCUAGAGGAACACCUUACAAGAUUUAAGAUAAUUCACAGUAGUGAGAAUCUUUACAAAUAUAAUGAAUGUCUCAUCACUCAUUAGAGGCUUCUUGCUGGAGAUUAACUGUGUGGAGGGGGAGAGCUUAAUAAAAAUCUAUCAUUUAUUACA